AUGCCCGAGGGCCAGCGGGUGCUCGUCUCUCCCCCGGCGGCGGCUCGGGGCGCCCUGGGCAGUGUGUCGUCGGGGCCCUCGGCCUGCCCAUCGCCCCGCCUCCCGGCCCCGGGGUCCCCGGGGUCCCCGGGGUCCGCGGGGUCGCCGGCGUCCCCGGGGUCCGCGGGGUCGCCGGCGUCCCCGGCCCCUCCGCGGGGCGCCGUCCGCUCCAGCGUCCCGCAGAAGCUGGCCGAAGCGCUGAGCAGCCAGUACGGGCUGAUAGUGUUCGUGGCGGGGCUGCUGCUCCUCCUGGCCUGGGCCGUGCACGCCUCGGGGGUGGGCAAGAGCGACCUGCUCUGCUUCCUUACGGCGCUCAUGCUGCUGCAGCUGGUCUGGAUGCUGUGGUACGUGGGUCGCAGCUCCGCGCACCACCGCCUCAUCAGCCCCAAGGACACGCACGCCGGCGCGCGCUGGCUCCGUGGUAGUAUCACACUGUUUGCGGCCAUUACCAUCAUCCUGGGAUGCCUUAAAGUUGGGUACUUCAUUGGAUUUUCUGAAUGUCUAUCAGCCACCGAAGGAGUCUUCCCGGUCACACAUGCAGCACAUACUCUGUUGCAGGUGUAUUUUCUUUGGGGGCAUGCGAAGGAUGUCAUCCAGUCUUUCAAAACCCUGGAAAGGUUUGGGGUGAUCCACUCGGUGUUCACCAAUCUGCUUCUGUGGACCAAUGGUGUCCUGAAUGAAUCAAAGCACCAACUUAAUGAGCACAAGGAACGGCUCAUCACUCUGGGCUUUGGGAACAUCACCAUAGUCUUGGAUGACCACACACCUCCGUGUAACUGCUCGCCCCCGAUGUUCUGCUCUGCCAUCUCCCAGGGGAUCUACUACCUCUACCCCUUCAACAUAGAGUAUCAGAUCCUGGCUUCCACGAUGCUCUACGUCCUGUGGAAGAAUGUCGGACGCAAAGUGGACAGUCAGCAGCAUCAGAACAUGGAGUUCAAGUUUCCUGGGGUCAUGGCAGGCUCAGUCCUGGGCCUGAGUGUGCUGGCUGCCACGAUUGGGGUCGUGGUGGUGUAUCUGGUUCAGAUCGGGCACUCCAAAACCAAGAGCGAGUUGGCACUCAUCAUGUUCUACCUGUACGCCAUUGCCUUGCUGAUGAUCAUGGGGGCCGCAGGGCUGCUUGGAAUUCGGAUCUACAGGAUAGAUGAGAAGUCGCUAGAUGAGUCCCGAAACCCUGCCCGCAAACUGGAUGCAGACCUCUUGGUGAGCACUGCCUCCGGCUCCUGGCUCAUCUCCUGGGGCUCCAUCUUGGCUAUCCUCUGUGCUGAAGCCCGCCCCCUGUACACCUGGUUCAACCUGCCCUACUCCAUCCUGGUGAUCGCCGAGAAAUACAUCCAGAACCUCUUCAUCAUCGAGUCCAUUCACCGGGAGCCGGAGAAGCUCUCUGAGGACAUCAGGACCCUGCGGGUAGUUACAGUCUGCAACGGUGAUACCAUAUCCCUUGCCUCGUCCCGCCUCAAGAGCGGAGCCCUGGCCAUGGACGUGACUUCCCUGGGCAGGGAGAUGCCCCACACGGCCAACGGAAAUAUGUACCCGAGAGAAGGCCUUGGCAGAGAGUCAGAGGAGAGGAGCCAGGAAGGAACCCCGGGCCCAGCCAGCCAGCCCCGUUUCCUGCAAGGAGAUGCCAAGAGAAGAGUGUUGAGGAAUAUUGCAGCAUUUUUGUUCCUCUGCAAUAUCUCGCUCUGGAUCCCUCCCGCCUUCGGCUGCCGCCCUGAGUACGACAACGGAUUGGAGGAGAUUGUCUUUGGCUUUGAACCUUGGAUAAUUGUGGUCAACCUGGCCAUGCCUUUUUCUAUUUUCUACCGAAUGCAUGCAGCUGCCUCUCUCUUUGAGGUCUAUUGUAAGAUAUAGUCUGUGUCCGCAUCAAAGCCCGAGGAGUGACCUAACAAGAGAAUUCACUGAAGCCACCUGGGAAUGGCCAGGUUGGGCAAACAUUGCCUGACAAAUGCAGGAGGGCUGCCUUUGUUUGUACCAAUUGUGUUUCCCGUGAGCUGGAAUUGUCUGUCACCCCAAUGAAUGUAAUCAAGUUAGCUCAGCAUCAAUGAGGCGGCUGAAAUCUGGCCUUGGAUAGCUCAUUCUAAUUGAACCCAAAUUAUUUUAUCUCCUUUUAAAUGAGCUCCUUUGUUUUAAAAGAAUGGGAUCCCAGGUUGGGGAAAGAAAAAUGAUCCAGUUCUUUUUUCAUAAAAAUUGUUUUCUGUUAUCAUGUGACUCCCUACAACUUUUUUUGCCCAUCUGAGUCAUCUAAUCAUCCUUACAUUUUAUCCAUCCCAGGGCUGAUCAAUGUAGAGACAAGCACGUUUAGUUCCUAUUGUACUUUCUGAAUAUGUUUAAGUCUUUGAACAAAGUUACUUUUAUCAUCUGGAUGGAAAUUAGUGUAUAGAUCAGUAUGGAGAAGUAUUUCUUGCCCGAAAUGUUGGCACAUUUUUGUUUGUGAUCAUUUUGAGUUUUUUUUUU